AAGAGUGUUGACAGAGAGAUAAUAUGCCCACGGUUAUUAGAUGUCCCCAUCAUGCACCCAUAUUAUACAAACCCUCCUUUUCCUAUCCUAAGUACAAUGUUAAGGUCCCCCGAUAUCCCACAGCUUCCACGGCCACUGAAUAUAAUGACAUUUGCGAAAUUUCGGAAAACAAUGGUAUCAUUUCAUUGUUCCAAGGAGAGAGAGAGAGACAUAAGGACGCAUAUACAGAUAAAAACCCGCAGGUUCAUAGCAUUAAGUAUUCAUUCUCAAGAAAAUCGAUUUAUUUGGAAGACAAAAUGGCGAAAGUUUAUCUCAUUCUGGUCGCCGUGUUCAUGGCGUUGGUCUUCAUUGGACAGAGUGCAGCCAGUCCUGACAACGGUGAAUUUAAUGAUGAAUUGGAUGGGAAAUUGACGGAUCUGGCCACCCGGUUUAAGAGACAUUAUCCAGGUUACUAUCGUGGACGAUGCGGGUGCGGCUGUUCGGUAUUUGCUCCCCCUUGCUGUUGCUUUCCGGGAUGAUUAUUGUCAGCCUCAAUCAUCGAGUUGCUUUAAAGCACAUUCAUCUGCAAAAUUUUUAUCAAAUUGACGUGAUCUAAAUAAAUUUUUGUGAGCAUUGUUUUGCCCAAAAUUG